AUGCCGGAGUCCACGGUGGUUGCGACCAAGUUGUCUUCCGUAGCAGAGAUGACUUUCACUGACCAAGCGGCAAGCGGUGCGGAAGUUAAUGAAGAUUGGGGUGGGGUUGGUUCCACCGCAUGGUGCGCACGUACGAGGGCCUUUACUCUCACUUGGAGCACGGGAAUCACGGUGUUAAAAUGGAUGUCACCACAUAGAUGUUAUGAUGGUCGUGUUGAACUGGCCAAACCAUAUUACAAAGCACUGACUGCUUCGGUGAGGAAGCAUUUCAAAGGAAAUGCUCAAAAAGCCAAAUGCGAAGAACAGAGACAACACGUUCAGGCACGCCUCUUUGGGGCCUCCAAGCAUUGUGUUGGAUCAUUCCUAGCUGCUGCAAAGCUCGUUCUAUGGUGCACUGUGCUUACAACAGCUAUGGGCAAUUUCAUACACCCAGAUUGGGACAUUUUCCAAUCUGAUCAUGCUUGUGCCGAAUUCCAAGCUUCCUCCAGAGCCAUUUCUGGUGGACCAAUUUAUGUAAGCGACUCUGUUGGAAAACACAACUUAAAGUUGCUUAAGAAGUUGGUUCUACCUGAUGGCUCCAUUUUGUGGUGUCAACAUUAUGCUCUUCCUACCCGAGACUGCUUACUUGUAGACCCUAUGCAUGGUGGGAAAACAAUGCUCAAAAUUUGGAGCUUCAAUAAAUUUUCUGGGGUUUGGGGUCUGUCUAAUUGCCAAGGAGGAGGGUGGUGCCCUGUUACUAGACGAAACAAGAGUGCCUCUGACUAUUCACAACCUGUGGCUCGCUUUGCGAAUGACAAGUUGAAGCUACUGAAGUACACAGAGAGUGUAGACAGUUUCUCUAGUAGUGAUCUCACCCCGAAAAUCAAGCCAACUUGCUCCAAUUGGGUUGGUGAACAUGCUCAACUCUGGGGGCUCCAUUCUUUCAAUAGAAUUUGA